AUGUCUGGACCGGUUAAACAUCGUUUUGAUAAUAUAACAAAGUCGCCAAGCGAUCAGCGAAACUACCGUGGCCUCAAGUUAAAUAAUGACCUUACCAUUAUGUUGAUCAAUGAUCCUAACACAAACGUAUCAGCCGCAUCAUUGUCUGUCGCAGUUGGUUGUCUAAACGACCCGAACGAACUUCCAGGUUUAGCACAUUUCUGCGAGCACAUGCUCUUCAUGGGCACUAAAAAAUAUCCAGAAGAGAAUGCAUUUUCGCAAUUCAUAAGACAAAAUGGUGGAUAUUACGAUGGGUGCACAAAAUCCGAUGAGACGAACUAUUAUUGUUCCUCUAAGACAGAUUCACUUGCACCACUAUUGGACAGAUUUUCCCGAUUUUUCUACGAACCAUUGUUCACUUUAAGUUCGAUCGAGAGUGAAAUUAAUUGUAUUAAUGCUGAACACGAACAUAAUAAAUUUGACGAUAAUUGGCGUUUGAAUCAAUUAAGAAGAAGUUUGGCUGACCCAACCCAUCCCUUUAAAACGUUCGGAACAGGUACAAAGCAAACAUUGUGGGAUAUUACAAAUAAGAAUAAUAUUCGUGUCAAGUUAUUGGAAUUUUAUUCGAAAUGGUACUCUUCAAAUUUAAUGUAUUUAGCUGUACUCGGAAAAGAGGAUUUAGACAUUUUGGAAGACAUGGUUUCAUCAUUAUUUAUACAUAUCGAAAGAAAAGAUGUAUCUAUGCCACUAUGGGUUGAUCCAAUUUAUAAAGAAGAACAGUUAGCAACCAAGACUAUUGUAGUUCCAGUAAAAGAUAUCAGGAGACUAUACGUUUACUUUCUUAUUGAAGAUCAGCUACCAUACUACAAAACUAUUUUAGUGAAGAAAGGAUGGUCUUGUGGAUCAUUAGGUUCAAAUAUUUUUGAAGCUAGAGGAAUUGAACAGUAUGAAAUUCUCGUAGAAUUGACAGAAAUAGGAUUGAAUUAUAUCGAUGACAUAAUCAAAGUAAUAUUUCAGUAUUUGAAUAUGUUAAAACGUCAAGGCCCUCAAGAAUGGAUCCACGAAGAAAUCAAAAAUGUUAAUGCAAUAGAAUUUCAGUAUAAAGACGAAGAACCACCAUUACAUUAUGUAAUGAAUCUUACUUCUCGGAUGAUGAUAUAUACAUUGAAAGAUGUUUUGACAGCUGGAUAUUUAAUUGAAGAAUGGAAACCAGAUUUAAUAACAGAACUUUUAUCUUAUUUUAGACCAAACAAUAUGAGAGUCACUGUUAUUUCCAAAACAUUUCAAGACCAGACUAAUGCAGAGGACAAAUAUUACGGGACACCGUUUACACUAUCUAAAAUUCCAGUGGAAACAAUUAAUUAUUGGCUCGAAGAUGAUAUUUGCAACGAUUUUAAAAUGCCAUUAAAGAACAAAUACAUUGCUAAAAACUUUAACCUAGUGCCAAUUGAAAAUAACGAACCCGAUAUCCCACAAAUAUUUUAUGAUUCUGCGAUUCUGAGAUGCUGGUUAAAAAAAGAUACAGAAUUCAGAUUACCCAAAGCAUAUGUUUUAGUUAAAUUUUUCAGUCCUAUCGUUGCGAUUGAUCCAUUCAAUUUGUGUAUUAUGGACAUUUUUGUGACAUUAUUUAAUGAAGAUUUUUCCAAAAAUACAUUCAAUAGAACUAGAUCUCAAGUUGAACUAACAGCUGAAUCAGGACGUGACGGAUUCAGUAUUAUACUUAACGGUUUCGAUCACAAGAUACGUAGAUUAUUGAAAAAAACUAUUGAAAAACUUUUGACGUUCAAUAUUCAUCCACGGCGUCUUGAACUUAGUAAAGAAGAAAAAAUUCGAGAUCAGAAUAAUAUCGAGAUGGAACAGCCGUAUUACAGAGCAAUGCAGUAUACAGAGAUGAUUUUAACAGACAUUGCAUGGAGUCCUAGUGAAAUUAUAAAAUCAAUUCAAGACAUUGACAUGGACAGCGUUCGAGACUUCAUGAAUAAGUUUUGGUCACAUUUUCACAUGGAAUCAUUAAUUUAUGGAAAUAUAGAUAAAUCCAUGGCACAAAACCUUGUCGACGAAUUGGAGAAGCCAUUUUUGAGCAAUAGAAAUGUUCGACCAGUAUCACUACAAGAAAUGAUCAGAAUAAGAGAAGUCGAAAUUGACAAUGGUGAGAACUUGGUGUACGAACAAACAACUGCAUUUCAUAGCAGCUCGGCUGUUGUUUUUAAUCUGCAAUGUGGUGUUCAGAAUACGAAGGAUAACAUGGUAGUUAAACUGUUUAAUCAAAUCAUCGAAGAGUCGUGCUUUAACAUUUUGCGUACACAGGAACAACUUGGAUAUGUAGUAGCGGCCUUAGAUCACAUUCCCAACGGAAUACUGUAUAUGAGUAUCAUUGUGCAAUCGGAGAAUGAUCCGAUAUUCGUUCACACGAGAAUUGAACAUUAUAUAAGUACCAUUAAGACGUUGUUGGAGAACCUCACGGAUGAAGAAUUGCUCAAAAACAAAGAGUCUUUGUCCACAAAACAGUUAGAGAAGCCAAAAAGCUUGUCGGAACAAUCUGAAAUCUAUUGGUCGGAGAUUGUCAACCAACACUAUAAUUUUAAACGAGCAAUAAUCGAAAACCAAAUGUUAAAAUCCAUUACAAAAAAUGAUAUAUUAGAAUUUUACCACCAAAAAGUUAAACAGACCGGACCGAAAAGGUGUAACUUAACUAUACACAUCAGGUCUUCGAUGAACCAAAAACCUGAAGAACACAAUCAUUGCAGCGAUUCGUCAACGUCGGACAACGGUUCACUCAUAAUCAGUGACAUCCAUAAAAUUGACGACAUAAACAAAUUCAAGACAAGUCAUCAUUUGUUUCCGGCUCAAACGUCAUUUAUACCUAUUGAACCAAGAAUACAAAGUCUUUAUUAUGAACAUUAUUCUCUAUUACCCAAAGUAGAGUAUCGACAAUGA